UGCAUUGAGGGGAGAAGCAUCAUCGAAGACUUAAAAACCUGGCCAAGGGAAUUUUAAAAACCUUCAAUGUCAUCUCAUGAUUGACGACGCCAAUAAUUUAACUUUAUUUGUCUUCACUCUCAGUAUUUGAUUGAACUGUGAUGUCUUAAUUCGUCGUCGUGAAGCGUCCGUGUUCACUUGGCAUCAUCUGAACGGACGUAAAGACCAAAUCCUCUCAGCAGCACAUCUCUCUAUCUCGCUUUGCCUUUUGAAACUAUUCCUCCUAGUUUUAAUUGUUCGUGGUCGAGGAGCAUCACGUUUAUUCACCUGCUCGGAUGACCUACUUUGUAUGAUGCGGGAAAUAUCUGGUGGGAGGUUGACGGCAACAACCAGCCUUGGAGGACACACCGUCUGAUAGAGACGCCUUACCUUUUUUUUUUUUUUUUAAUCUCUUUAUCUUUUUAAAGGAACAUUCCUUGAUGGACGUGUAAUGAAGAUACAGGAUGGACAUGUUUUGGGAAUUAGUAUUCUUUCUCCAAGCCAACUGUAUGACCUGCAUAUUAGCCCAGCCAAAUCCACCUAAAAUUCAUGAAGGCUGGUGGGCAUACAAGGAGGUGGUUCAGGGAAGCUUUGUUCCAGUGCCAUCUUUUUGGGGCCUUGUAAACUCAGCCUGGAACUUGUGCUCAGUGGGGAAGAGGCAAUCGCCAGUCAACAUUGAGACCAGCCACAUGAUUUUUGACCCUUAUCUCAAGUCCAUGAAACUUAAUACAGGUGGACAAAAGGUUAGGGGAACAAUGUAUAACACAGGCCGCCAUGUUUCUGUGCGAUUGGACAAGGAGCAUCUUGUUAAUAUCUCUGGUGGGCCGAUGAUGUACAGCCAUCGUUUGGAGGAGAUCCGGCUACACUUUGGUAGUGAAGACAGUCUUGGCUCUGAACACCUUCUUAAUGGGCAGGCCUUCUCUGGAGAGGUUCAGCUAAUUCACUACAAUCAUGAAUUGUAUACAAAUUAUACUGAAGCUGCCAAAAGCCCGAAUGGACUUGUCAUUGUGUCAAUAUUCAUGAAAAUAGCUGAAGCAUCGAACGCGUUCCUGAAUCGAUUGCUUAACAGAGAAACCAUCACAAGAGUAACAUAUAAAAAUGAUGCAUACCUUCUGACAGGCCUGAACAUCGACGACAUCUAUCCAGAGACAAGUAGUUUUAUCACUUAUGAUGGAUCGAUGACCAUCCCGCCAUGCUUUGAGACUGCCACAUGGAUUCUGAUGAACAAACCAGUUUACGUCACACGCAUGCAGAUGCACUCUUUGCGUCUUCUGAGCCAAAACCAGCCAUCUCAGAUCUUUUUGAGUAUGAGUGACAACAUCCGUCCAAUUCAGCCUCUCAUCAACCGCUGCAUCCGCACCAAUAUCAACUUCAGCAUGCAGGGCAAAGACUGCCCCAACAACAGGGUUCAUAAACUUCAGUACAGAGGUGGAGUCUUGUGCCAAAGCAUGCAUUGAAGCUUCCAGAAACUCUCGUACCAAUUGGCUCAAGUGGUUCAAUGGCUCAUGAGGCUUCAUCUGACCAUCACUAAUACAGAGCAGUACCUAUUUCAAAAAUAAAAUAAUGUUACUUCCUUAUUUCCUUGUCUGUCACAAAUAUUGCAAAAUAGCACCUCAAAACAAAAAAGAAACAUUUGCUUACUUCCGUUUUGCAAACUGAUUUACUUCUAAACAUGCUCAGUGGCCUUGUUGUUAGAGGAUCCACCCUGAGAUCGGUAGGUCGGAAGUUCAAACCCCGGCUAAGUCAUACCAAAGACUAUAAAAAUGGGACCCAUUACCUCCCUGCUUGGCACUCAGCAUCAAGGGUUGGAAUUGGGGGUUAAAUCAUCAAAGUGAUUCCCGAGCGCAGCCACUGCUGCUGCUCACUGCUCCCCUCACCACCCAGGGGGUGGAACAAGGGGAUGGGUUAAAAUGCAGAGGGUAAUUUCACUACACCUAGUGUGUGGGUGACCAUCAGUGGUACUUUAACUUUAACUUUCUUCUUCGCUCUGCACACGUUUUUCUUUGGCGGUCCAAUGUGGGGGCAAGUGGCGUGCCUCAACGUUGACCCACACCCACGUUGAGUCACGCCCCGAUAUAAGUCGGAAGCCAGGGACUUCUCUUGCAUUCCGCCGUGAAUAUGGGGCGGGGGGCAGGCCUUGGCCCAGACUACAAGAAACGUCCAACCUUUGUACUUGUAAAAAGGAUUUCUUAACCGAGUUCAAAUACUUGUUUCACGCGAUCAAAAAAACCCAAACAAAUGUUUUAUUUUUUUUACCUUUUGUCUCUCUCUGUUACAAUAAACCGCCCAUAAAAAAUAUGUACUUUUCAUAUCUCUCUAAGGGGCUAAACUUUCUAAAUUAGCAGGGAGUUGAAUACCUUUUUUCCCCAUUUUACCGUAUUUUUCGGACUAUAAGUCGCAGUUUUUUUCAUAGUUUGGCCGGGGGUGCGACUUAUAUUCAGGAGCGAUUUAUGUGUGAAAUUAUUAACACAUUACAGUAAAAUAUCAAAUAAUAUUAUUUAGCUCAUUCACGUAAGAGACUAGACGUAUAAGAUUUCAUGGGAUUUAGCGAUUAGGAGUGACAGAUUGUUUGGUAAACGUAUAGGAUGUUCUAUAUGUUAUAGUUAUUUAAAUGACUCUUACCAUAAUAUGUUACGUUAACAUACCAGGCACGUUCUCAGUUGGUUAUUUAUGCCUCAUAUAACGUACACUUAUUCAGCCUGUUGUUCACUAUUCUUUAUUUAUUUUAAAUUGUCUUUCAAAUGUCUAUUCUUGGUGUUGGCUUUUAUCAAAUAAAUGUCCUCAAAAAAUGUGACUUAUACUCCAGUGCGACAAAUAUGUUUUUCUUCUUCUUUAUUAUGCAUUUUCGGCAGGUGCGACUUAUACUCCGGUGCGACUUAUACUCCGAAAAAUGCGGUACUUGGACAACACACUUCUAACAUCUGUAACAAGUAUACUUUUAGUCACUAUUUAAAAGAUUAAACGAUUGUAAAUUCCACUAAGAUCUGUAAUCAUUCAGAUAAUAAAAUGACUGACUUUAUGUUGAAUAGCGAUCUACAUGGAAUAUGAAAAAAAUGAACUGUGAGUGUUUUUUUUAACUUUUUUCUAUUUUCCUGUGCCCAAUUUGCCUGUCUCCGACCACCUCCUCCAGCACUACCAGAGGGACCUAGAAACCUUCCUGGGCAGCUUUGAGACAAAGCUACCCCAGCAUGUAGACCUGAGUGUUCAUCUAAGAAUUUGACCUUUUUGACAGCCCAGCACAGCACUGAUCUGUCAAUCAAACAGUGCGCCUGAUACUUUCAUCCAAAUGAAAAGGACUUCCCAUCCUUGAGGUCCUUUUAGCCUUUAAAAUAACACUUCUUUAUCUUCACAAAUGUUUUGCUUUCACUUGUUAUUUGUGAAGUCAUGGGGACGACCACACACACUAGCAUGCUCACUAUGAAAUGAAGCGUUAAGAAAUGAAUCCAUCUUUGACACAUUCAAAACGUACGUGCUUAAGAAGCUGCAUAAGCAAAAACAGGUAACUCUUGUAACCUAUGGCAACAACAGGCUGUGUGCCAAUUGGCCAUUUGCGCAGUCUUUUAAGUGUGUUCACACUGAGAAGCGCGGCAAAAUGCAAUGCACUGGCUGUACCUGGAUGUUGCACCUAAAAUGGCGUGUGCGCAUGCGCAGUCCUGGACACGUAAGACCCGCAAUAGGGGAGGAACUAACUUGAAAUAAUGGUCGUUGAGGAGCAACCCAUGGCAUUGCAAAGUAAUGAGCAGGAAAAGAUAAAUAUUGAUCAUCAUUUCCAGUAAGUGUGUAACAACAAAGUGUGAAUGAGAUCUUGUGUCAUCUCCUGUUUUUUUUGUUUUUUUUAACAGUCAGUAGUAUCAUAUGUCAGGCGUAAUGGAUUGGACCACAUAUUAGGUGCUUUGCACACCAACUGAGAGCCAGCAAACAGAGUUAGCCUCGGCUUUUCCUGUGCAAGCCACACUGUCACAAUGUGUGUACUUGGGAUCUAAGUACUAGAGUUGUCCCCAUACCAAUAUUUUGGUACCGGUACCAAAAUGUAUUUCGAUACUUUUCUAAAUAAAGAGGACCGCAAAAAAAUGCCAUUGAUGGCUUUAUUUGAACAAAACAUCUUACGGUACAUGAAACAUAUGUUUCUUAUUGCAAUCAAAGAACAAAAUAGUGAACAUACAAGACAACUUGUCUUUUAGUAUAAAGUAAACAAACAAAGGCUCCUAAUUUAGCUGCUGACGUAAGCAGUAAUAUAUUGUGUCAUUUAUCAUCCUAUUAUUUUGUCAAAAUUAUUAAGUACAAGUGGAAGAAAAUGGAUUAUUAAUCUACUUGUUCAUUUACUGUUAAUAUCUGCUCAUUUUUUGUUUUAACAUGUUCUAUCUACACUUCUGUUAAAAUGUAAUUAUCACUUAUUCUUCUGUUGUUUGAUACUUUACAUUAUUUUUGGAUAAUACCACAAAUUUGGGUAUCGAUCCAGUAGGAUCAUACAUUGGUCAUAUUCAAAGUCCUCAUGUGUCCAGGGACGUAUUUCCCGAGUUUAUAAACAUAAUAUAAUUGAUGUAAUCAUAGUAGUAUUGACUAGAUACGCUAUUGUACUUGGUAUCAUUACAGUGGAUGUUAGGUGUAGAUCCACCCAUGGCGUUUGUUUACAUUGUGAUGCGCUAGUUUGCUGUUAGCGGUGAGCUAUUGUGUCCUCCUACGAUGUGCACUGAAGCAUGUUUAGCUAUUCCUCGUCCUGCAGGGAUGAUACUUGUCAGAAGCUGACCGUAAUUGUCGACGUCGAGGCAAAGAUGAGUGAUUUAGAAGUUGCUAAAACACUGCUGACUGCGGAUGGACGUUAGCCGCUAACUCGUUAGCCAUGUUUUGAAGUACAUCUUGCUGAGCGGCGUUUUAGUGUCGUAGCUUUACCUUUAUCGUUAGUUUUUAAGACAAAAUAUAUCCAUUCUCCCUUUUCUGUCUCCACACUGUGUCUACCUGUUAGUACUCUGUGCGAGUGUGUUGUCGAACAUGCUCCUCUGCUCGUAAAACCAGCAAUGACACGACGUAAAAAAAAAAGAAAAGGGAACCUGUAUUUUUCAGAAUUAGUAUAGGACUGUUUAUGAUGAAUUAAUACUGCGGUGAUUUAUUAGUACCGGUAUACUGUACAACCCUACAGUGUGCACACUUAUUGAAAUGUCCAGACGGAUGUAUCCCAUUUAAGCAGGCGCAUCGCACCAAAUGCUAGGCCCCCAUAUAUAAGACUCAGGAAGGGCCCUCCUGCCAUCCCCCGUACACAAACUCUACGUUUACAUGUACUAAAAAAGUGUAUUAUCGCAUGACUUCAGUUAAAACCGGCUUUAUAAAGUGGUCGUAAUGUGACUUCAAAUAAAUAAAUGACAUAACCUCCUUAUUAUUCAUUACAAUAUGAUCAUAAAUCUGUCAGUUUCCUUUUACUUCAUUGUGUAAGGUCGAGAUGAGCUCGUUCAUACAGGAUUAUCUUCAGUGGAUCAUAUAUUAUUACUGAAUAGAUUAUUAUAUUUGUAUUAGUGCAUCUCCAGGUGGCUCAGCCUCCCCUCUUCUUAAAAGCUAUUGACGCCUCUGUUUCAAACUCCUCGACUGUCUUUGAAAGCGCCACAGUUAUGUGCUAUUCACACUUUUUUACUGGCUUCGAAGCACUAAUCAUGUUUAAGGUGCAUUUAUUAUCUUUAGGAAUUGAGAAAGCGUAACAUAAAAAAUGUUACAUUACAACACAAAUGAUACAUGUGUGAAUGAUUUUGAAUGAAGCUGAAGAUGAAUGAGAAUGAAAUUGAAGUGAAAGCAUUAAAUAAAAAAUAAAAAAAGCCAAGAAUAAUGCUCUUCAGCAUGCACACAACACUGCAUCAUGAACAUGUGCUUUGGUUAAAAUGGGUGUGGAGCAAUGCAUUUUGUCAUUUGUUUUUAAUGUUUACAAUUGCAUUACUGAUAAAAGAUGUCUACGCCUUUUGUC